UUUUAGUAAUAUGAAAAACGUUUUAAAACUAAGCGAACAAGAGCUAAAUACAGGAAAUAAAACGUCUUGGCACGAUCAGUAUAGAGACAGUGCUUGGGUUUUUGUUGGAGGAUUGCCAUUUGAUUUAACAGAGGGGGAUAUUGUUUGCAUAUUUUCACAAUACGGCGAAAUCGUAAACAUAAACCUGAUCAGAGCGAAAGACACAGGGAAGUCGAAAGGUUUCUGCUUCAUUUGCUACGAAGACCAACGCUCCACGGUUCUGGCCGUGGACAAUUUUAAUGGUAUAAAAAUAUUAAACCGUACAAUCCGCGUGGACCAUGUCAGCAACUAUAAGGCCCCAAAAAUGGGCAAAAAAACCGACGAAGAGACAGAGCAGCUUUACAGGGAGGGUUGCGCCCCUAAAGCGGUGGCGCCCCUUGCUCUCAGGCCCAAAACUCCACCCAUGGACUUUAGGGAGACCAUUGCUGAUGUUAUAUCGGGGGAAAUUAAAUUACCAAGCAGGUUGCCUAUUUACCCCAUAAAACAAGAGAUUAAAGAUGAUGGUGAAGAAGUGAAAAUUAGUAAAGAAAAGAAAGAUAAGAAGAAAAAGGACAAAAAGAAGAAGAGCAAAAAGAAGAAAUCCAGGAAAAAUUCUUCGGGGGAUGACAGUGACAAUGAAGACUCCAAAAGGAAGAAAAAGAAGUCAAGAAAAGACUCCUCUUCAAGCGAUAGUGAAGAGGAUUCGGGAAGUGAAGAUUUAAAGAGGAAAAUUAAGAAAGAGAAAGAUUGUGAUUCGCAUAGAAAUAGUGGGGAAAGUUCAAGAAAAUACAGUGAAAAUAGGCAUAAAGACUAUUUCAGCAGCAAAAAUAGAGAUAGAAGUUACUCAGAAAAAUCCGCACCAGAAAUAUUGCCCCCCAAAUCAAAUAUACUAGAAAUAAUGCCCUCCGAAGAAACACCAUAUGAAUUGUGA